AUGCUUGUAAAAACAAGAAAGAAAGAAGAAUCUUUGCCUGUUGGGCUUUCAAGAGCAGUAUCACCCUUCAACCUGCAUGAUGCUGAAGUGACUAAGAUUUGUUUUGGCGUUUCUUUCAAGCUGAAAGAAAUUAUAUUGUUAUAUACAUGCUCAAAUAUGAAGCUUGAGUCCUGCUCUCGUAAUAUGAGUUCAGCAAAAGUUAGCUGUUUCCCUUUAAGAAUCCUGUUAGAGCUGCCUUCUUAUUUUGCUCCAAGAAGCUUUUUUGGGGUGGAAGAUUUUCUUGAUGAUGACAACAGCAGACCAUACACUUACCAGAAGGAGAAAAAGUCAAAAAAUCCGAACAAGCAUGUAUCCUUUAAGCAACGUACUGUAGCUUAUAUGGAGCCAUUUACUCUUGAUGUCUUCAUAUCAAAGCGCUUAGUUUCCGCCUCAAUCACGCACAGGGUAACAAGCAAGCAGGUUGCAGUCACUGGUACUAACUCCAAAGAUAUCAAGGCAGUACUCAAAUCACGAUCUGACAUACCUGCAUGUUUGGCUGUGGGCCGGAUUUUGGCUGAUAGAGCAAGAGAAGCAGACGUGUACACAGCUUCUUAUACUCCUAGAGAGAGAGACAAGUUUGAAGGAAAAAUUAGAGCAGUUGUUCAGUCCCUCAUUGAUAGUGGCAUAGAUAUCAAAGUUUUUCUUGAUUGAUCCUUGUUUUAGUCUUUUCCCGCAGUUUUUAUGGCGAUGUGCCUUCAAGAUUCUCAGGGGCGAGAUCUGUGACUUUAGUUUGUGAAACAGACUUAUGUUUUCAAACUUGAAAGGUAAGUACUUUUCAUCAAAGCAUUUAUGCUUCAAUGAACUGAAUUUUUUUGUAUUAGGUCGCAUCAGUAAAAUGCCAGAAAUUAGAAUA